UGAAUGUUGGUUUUCAAUGAAUAAAGACAUUAUUACAAUGAAAACAAUUCAUAGUUGGAUGUAAAAUAUCUUUAUAUAAAUAAAUCGGAAUUUUAUCUGAAUUGAAAUAAAUAUAGCGCAUAUAAUUUUUUGAGAUUAACGACACAUGUAUUACAAUAUAAAAUAACGUUAUAGUGUAAAUUUUGGUUUUUGAAAGAGCCGGCGCGUGUGUAAAAUGUGUUUGGAUUUACAUGUAAACUCUGCUGACAAAACAGGAGUCCAGCGAUGGAUAAUAACCUUUGUGGCAGUGCUGAUGUUACCAGUGGUCCGCGGAAAUGAUUUGUUUUGCGAAGUUGAUGAUGUGCUUACGCCCUACGAUACAAACACGUAUGUGUGCUGUUCGGGAUUGCAUCUGAAAUACCUAAAUGGCACAGGGACCCAGUGUUGUGCAGGUAAAACAUUAUAUGACAUUGGCACACACGGGUGUUGUGGACCAGUAAUUUACGAACUGGCUGAAAGUAGAAUGUGUUGCAAUGGGACCCUGCAUGACAUGAAAGAAAUAAAGACACGAAAACUAGCAUGCUGUGGAAACCAAGUGUUCUUUGAAGGGGCAGGCAUUUGUUGUGAUGGACAGUUCACGCGAAGACCUGGAAAUGCAACCAGAAUGGAAUGUCGGGAUGGCAAGGGUGUUGUAAAACAGGAAAGACACUUGCAGUUUACAAAAGCUAAUGGAGUCCAGCUGCGAGAACUCGAUUCACAAGACGGAAGAAUAGCGAAAACGUGUCGAAAUAACGUCAUGAUCGAUCAAAACCUCCCACAAGGUUCUGAAAUAACAUCACGCAUGCUGGUGUUGGACGGCGUGAAACAAUGUGGGCAGAUCGUAUACCCUAUUCAAAGUUCAACCAAACGUUACCAUUGCUGCAACGGCGAAUUUUACAAAACAGACAACCUUGAUCCCAAAGCAAAUUACACAUGGGAAUGCUGUGGGACGAGUCUCUACAACACCUCCAGCAAGGAAUGCUGCGGGGGCACACUGAUUGAUACUAGCCUGCAACCCAUUGGUUGUUGUAAUGGGGCACUGGUAUACACCAAAUCCUACCAGCGUUGUUGUGGGGGUCAAGUUGUUGACAAAAUAGAAUACCUGUGCCAUAAACCCGUGACAAGUAGUUCUGGAAUACCUGUCCGAAAACAAGACGAUGACCACAACAAUGCGUGCUAUGACUAUAAAACAAAGAUAUACAAGACGUUUAAUGAUGCGAAAUGGAUCUGUCACGAAGGAAUGUUAAUUUCACCUGACGAUUUAAUCGACAGUAUGGAAAAAGAUAUUUUCAAAGAAAGUAAAUGGGAUGUUGAUAAUCAUAUACCAAAGAAGAACAUGCGAUUCUUCAGUCCGAUGUGUCCUUUCACUGAGUGUGAAACUGGGUUCUACAACAGGACCACCGAGUGUAGGAAAAUAACCCGCCUGGACUUCUUUCUGCACAACAUGACGGAGCACAAUGGACGCUUAGUUUUGUCUGGCAUUGUCACCUACCCAAACAAGUUUUACGGUUCCCAGUUAACUAUUAAUUCUGUCUUAGCAUGUAGAGACAACUGUUUUGCAAAACGCACUUUGAUUUCCAUAUACACCAAUCGUUUUACCAAAACAGUACCCAGCAAAGUAGUACGACUAUCCAAAAGGGACAUUGUUGUGAAAACACACACGGCCUCGAUUUCUUGUACAAUAGAUCCAUGGGCAAAGCGAACUGAAAAAAGCCCAUGAACAUGCUAACAAAUACGUUUAUGUCCUAUCAACAUCACAAUUUUUGGAACUAACAUUUGUCUCAAGAAUGUCUCAAUGUAAUUCACCAAAACCCAUAUAAAAAAGCUAAUUAAAUGGUAAAUAUCCUAGUCUUAGUAAGUUUCAUUAUAUAAGUGUUUAUAGAUUUACAUUGUGCUCUUAGGGUGGGCAUGUGCAGCUCAAGUAUAUAUCGUUUUGGCUCAAGGGGGGGGGGGGAGCUUGGCAUUAAAAUGAUUCUUAAACAAAUAAUUACGUGCAUCAAUAGCCAUGACAGUUCAUUGUUUCACUAACUGACAACUUGGAUCAAUUUAGAAAACAAACAUGUAUUUAUGUAUUAUAAUAUAACAGUUGGAGAUUUUGUGUACAUAUAUCCUCCGUAUUUGCAGAAUGUGCCUAAUAACAUUGUAAUGUAAUAAUAUGAUUGACGUAUAAAAUAAUUGCGUAAAUAUCUUCAUAUAACUAUAUUUUAAAUAUAUUUGUCUAUUUUGAUAUUUUCCGUUAGUACUUUUAUACAUUUUGACUCAAUUUUCAAUGAAUAUUAUUGCGUAAAUGUCUAUUUUUCUAUUAAAAUUCCAGAACAUUUCGUGUAAAGGGUAUAUUUGCCUUAUCUAUGGUAACGAGGAACAUUUACGUAUUAUCAUUGUUUAAAUACUCAUUCAGGCCAUUUACUGUUUUAAUGCUUUCGUCAAUAUAUUUUAGCGAAUACAGGUAAACUUUCUAUCUUCCUUACACAAACAAAUACUAAUCUUUGCAAUUUUACAAUUUCAAUAAAAUCAUUCCCAUAUACUAGACAUUUACUUAAUAAUGUUCUUGAGUAUUGAUCCAAUAUAAUAAAGGUAAUUAAGUUAAUCGCAACCGUUCGCAUGAAAAGAAUAUAUGUUGCUUAUUAUGUAGAUUUGUCCAUUCGUAUAGCCUUUUUGUUCUUACAAAUCUAUACUAUUAUUGUAUAGUAAGUGCAUCUUGUAAGUAGUGAUGCUUGUGCAUAGCUUCACCCUAAUGGAAACCUCAAUACCAAUCUGUGUUCGCAUGUUAGUAGAUCAUAUGUAUUCUUGCCAUUGUUUGUGUAUACUAGUUAUAAGCUGAAAUUAGCAGAAGCUUGGAAUUCAUAAUGAAAUGUAUGUUCAAGUAUAUUGCUUCUCACAAAAAUGAUAUUGUUAAAAUUGUCGGCUCUUAAACAGCUGUCGUGUAAAACAGAACAUAGAGACAAUUAUUUAAUACUUAUACGUUUCUGAGUUAAAAUAAGAAAUAUGUAAUUAUAUAUAUGCAUUCUUUAUUUUAAGGCUACGAAUGUGUGUAUGAAAACGAUUCACACAAAUCACGUAAACCAUAACCUCUUCUUUUAACAGUAUUCAGUAGACAGUCGCAUGCAUGAAACUUUAAUCGUUUUCUUUUUAAGGCAAUUACUGUGCCUUGUGUUUACCAUUUUGUAUAAAAUGUUUUACAUAAAAACUUGGUUCAAAUCUGCAAAUGAAUCUAGCAUUAGUUAUUGUUUUUUAAAUUGUAUUCUUUAUGACUUAAAAUUGUAUAUCUUAUUCCAUUGUAUCUAAGAAAAUUAUGUUCUGCUGCCAUGGUCGGCAUUUAUCCAUUUUGCAUAGAGUAAACAAAUGAUUAGUAAAUGACAAUGUAAGAAAUUGUUUAAGAUAUGUUUGAUUUAUUUGUAAUGCUAUAUGGUUAUUUUAAUUUUAAUUUUAAGGUAUUUGUGUAUAAUUCUCUACAAGCCUGAAGUUUGGGGCUCCAUUAAACGUUAACCCUCCAUAUGCUUUGCAUUGACCAUUUGAAACUUUACCUCAGUUUCAUACAGUAUAGUUGGUUUGCGUGUGAUUUUAUGCCGUCUGAAGUAUUUUUAGAACUCUUUUAAUACUAUUUUGUUUGGACGGGUAUUUUAAAUGUUUUAUUUUAUAUAAGAUCAAACAACUAGCAUACUGAUUAUAUUGCAUUAACAUAAGGGCAUAUUAUUUUUACACUGUACAGGUUGUUUAUUUGUUAAUGCAUAUCACCUCAUCAGCUGAGGACAAUCGUAUUAGCAUUAUUGUGGAAUAUAAAAUGUGUAUUAAGCAUUACUAAAUGGCACAUAGUAUCUAGCAUAAGAUGUACACAUUGAAUUUUAGAAUAUAAAUAUAUUGAUAUAGUCAUAUUUGUUUUUAUGCCCCCGGAUCGAAAGAUUGGGCGUAUAUUGAUUUUGGCCUGCCUGUCUGUCUGUCAUUGUGUCAGUCAUUGUAUGUGUGUGUAUCACAAAACUUUAACCUUGGUUAAAGUUUUCUCACUUUUGCAAAAUUAAAGAUAGCAACCUCAUAUUUGGCAUGCUUGUGUUUAUCAUAGAGCUGCACAUUUUGAGUGGUGAAAAGUUAAGGUCAAGGUCAUCCUUCAAGGUCAAAGGUCAAAUAUCAUUGAAUUUUUCGUUCCUAAAACUUUAACUUUCGUUUAAGUUUGGUCAUAACUUUUUGAAUAUUAAAGAUAGCAACUUGAUAUUCGGCAUGCAUGUGUAUCUCAUGGAGCUGCACAGUUUGAGUGGCUAAAGGUCAAGGUCAUUGUUCGAGGUCAAAGGUCAAAUUUAUGGCUUCAAAGCGGCGCAAUAGGGAGCAUUGUGUUUCUGACAAACACAUCUAUUGUUUUUAUCUUUUUUAUGUUAUUUUGUAAUAAUAUUGCAUAAUAUAACUCUUUGUAUUGCUUUAUAACACUUGAAGUUAUUUUAUAUAACCUCUUUUGCUUUAAAAGAAAAUAUUUAAGUGCGAUGGUAAUUUAAUAUUUUCAAGUU